UCUACGUUGUUACUGACUGACUGACAGACAAUGAAAUUAUAAAAUGAAAACUCAACAGCCAAUUAUCAUCACAUGCUUCAGACAUAGUCAGAGCAAAGUGUAAAAUCUAUUGAUACAUAUUGAAGUAAAUUAUUUGUCUAGCUCCUGUUGUAGGACUAAGCGAACUAAUCCUGUAUCGAGUCCGGGAACUGUAUGUAGUUGCAGUUUCACUAGACACUACGGAUUCACGAAAUGAAAUCAAGUGCAAAUCACUCACAAUUUCAAGAGUCCAAUACGACCUAUGCUGUAGCUUUAAGCAGCUGCCAAGAAAUUUUUGGUGAAAUGAAGUAUCAAAACGUGUAGUGUCAAUGUACUUUCGUAAUCUCGUGUCCUACUCGAGGUGCCAGACUGUGUAAUAAGGAAGAAAUUUAUGUUUUUUGAAUUUUUUUUCAUUUUGUGUGAACACUCAGGCUAUCCAAAAUAUGAGUACGAUACACCACUGACAGAUGUGAACCAGUAUCUCCCAAAACCGUAUACAACUACCUGCCUAAUGGAUACUUGGAUUCAGCGUGACCUACCUUUUAUUGCAUUCUCUAACAUAUAUAGCUUGGAUCGCUGGUUGGCAAAUGGCACAACACCGAAAAUUAGAUAUAAGUUGUAAAACAUGCCGUUAUUUUCCAUUAUGGACUGUUUAAGAAACUAUUUUAAUGGCAAAUGUCACUAGGGUAAAGGUAUUUUCAGUAAAUAUCAUCGAUUCUCGCCUUCCUAGAAAUGAGUAUAGUAUUUCCUAUUUGAUGUGGCUCAGAAUAAUUUAAACUGAUUACAUUUAAAGACGUAUUUAUGAUGAUGAUACGAGUCCGUAACAGUUUUUGGAAACCUAAUAUUUUGUUAAUACUGACAAACGACCAAAACUGUGGUAUUGCUACAUAGUGCCCCCAAAUGUCCUGGUACGGCAGAGAGUGGGCAGGGUCAGCUCUCCCUCUCCAAAUGCUUUCACACAGCCAUGUGCAUACAAUCAUUGCCAGGGAUGUCCUACUCACUGCCUUGUGGCGGGGGUGUUGUUUACGAAACUGGGGGGAGGAAAAGCGAAUGUCCGACGCUUUAACCGGGUUGAUGGAUAUAGAGGAUCCACGUAGAGGAGUUGGAAAACCCUCAUUCCAAACCAAUGGUGUACAUGGGCUCCAAGAUCCUAAGGAAACAAACGGCGGAUGAAUCAACUAUUGGUUAACGGCUACAAUGAGACGUUGCACCACUGCCUUGUAGAUUAGACCUUUAUUCAAAGGCUCGGGGUGUGGCCCCCAAAGAAAACCACCUGUUUCGGUUUGAGCACCCGGUAGUAUCUCUGCCCUCAUAUAAAUCGAAUGAUUUAAAUGGCGCAUAUCUGUUUGGUGUCUCCUUGUACCAAUGUUUAUGUGUUUAAAUAAAUAAAUAUACUGUCAACUUCAUGGAUACACACUACUCAAUGUGAAGAUUGUCCGGUGCUGAAAGAAACGAUAUUCAACCCUUUGACGUUCUUGAAAGCAUUAGUUUGUCACAUGAAGGACGGGGGAAAGUUUUGCUUUACAGUAGCAUUAGGAAUAUGAGGACGAAAAGAAAAGUACGUGUUGCCCAUAUGUAAAUAUAAACAAAACAGAGAUCAGUAAUCUGAAUGAAUGCGUCAUGAAAGCGAAAUCAAAAAGCUGGUAAUCCUUCGGGACAACGAAGAUAACAAGUCGAGUAUUUUUGUUAACAAAACGAUAUGAGUUUUAUGGAAAGCCUUCAGGAGUCGCUGGUAUCAAUUCAGCGCAUAAAGCGAACAAAUUAGACAUGUCAGAUCCAAAAUACUUGACAAAACUUUAAAUGGUUUUUGUAUCAGUUUGUUGUAACUGGUAGCUUUGAAAGAACACGAUGUCAGCAUUGAUGCAAACUGAAAAACAAGUCAACAUUAAAGAAAUUGCGCAGUCGUUGAAGACGGUGAUACUUCAAAGACAAUCACUUUCACUGUUUCCUGCACACCGGGACAACUUCGUACUAUAAAUGAAGGUCAGACUGUCCUGCCCUCCAUGGCCGGUGACGACUGAUCCACCAAACGAGGAGGAAGUCCGCAAGGAACUCCAACUCUUGAAGCGUUACAAAUCACCUGGCCCAGAUGACUUACCUCCGGCUCUUUUUAAAGAUGGUGGUGACUUUUUGACUAAGGAAAUGACGACGUUGUUUACAAAGGUUUGGGAACUAGAGAGUGUGCCAACGUCAUGGAAUGAGUCGAUAGUUGUCCCUAUCUUUAAAAAGGGUUCACGUCGUUCCUGUACCAACUAUCGGGGGAUAAGUCUACUUCCGAUUGCGUCCAAGCUAUUGGCUUCCGUCAUACUUCGUAGGUUGUUCAAAACCCGAGAAAGAUUGACUCGCGAGGAGCAGGCUGGGUUUCGUUCUGGUCGAGGAUGUAUUGAUCAUAUCUUCACCCUCCGCCAAAUGUUAGAACACCGCCAUACUUAUCAAAGGCCAACAAUCGUAGUGUUUCUUGACAUCAGGGCUGCCUUCGAUUCGUUGGAUAGGACUGUUCUCUGGGAUUGUCUAUUGAAGAAGGGUGUGCCUGAGAAGUUUAUUAACAUCCUAAAAGCCCUGUAUAAAAACACCUCAGGCAGAGUGAGGGCAUACAACCACCUCUCUCCAUUGUUCCAUUCGAGCAGUGGGGUUAGGCAGGGUUGCCCAAUCUCACCAUUCCUCUUCAACUUUGCCAUCGAUGACAUUCUAGAAACAGCUCUGAUGAAUAUAAGUAAUGGUGGUGUGGAUCUGUUGCCUGGAGAAAGACUUCUCGACCUUAAGUAUGCGGACGAUAAUGUCUUACUGUGCGAUAAUGCCCAAGGCAUGCAAUCCGCACUUAAUCAGUUGGCAAUCAGUGUCCGUAGGUAUGGUAUGUGCUUUGCACCUUCGAAGUGCAAAGUACUCCUACAAGACUGGCAGGAUUCCAAUCCUGUACUCACCCUGGAUGGUGAGCAGAUAGACGUAGUCGAGAAGUUCGUGUAUCUUGGUAGCUGCAUAAGUGCUGGUGGGGGUGUGAGUGAUGAGAUCAAUGCACGUAUAGUGAAAGCCAGAGCGGCUUAUGCCAAUCUGGGCCAUCUAUGGCGCCUUCGUGAUGUUAGUCUGGCCGUAAAAGGUCGGAUCUACAACGCGUCGGUGAGAGCAGUUUUGCUCUAUGCUUGUGAAACCUGGCCUCUCCGAGUUGAGGACGUUAGACGACUCUCUGUGUUUGAUCAUCGCUGUCUCCGAAGGAUUGCUGACAUUCAGUGGCAACACCAUGUCAGUAAUGCAGAGGUUCGGCAUCGUGUGUUCGGGCACAGAGAUGAUAACUCAAUUGGUGUCACCAUCUUGAAACACCGACUUCGGUGGCUUGGACAUGUUCUCCGAAUGUCGUCCCAGAGAAUUCCACGUCGUGCAUUAUUUGCCGACUCUGGGACUGGUUGGAAGAAGCGGAGAGGUGGUCAGUGCAUGACAUGGUGUCGUGGCAUGAAAGAAAGCUGCAAAGGACUGGCUUGUGUUGGCCCUUCACGACUCCCUGGUUGGGGUCUGAGAGAUGGUGCUACACAGUGGCUAGAGACGUUAUCAGAUAUGGCUCAGAAUAGAAGCCAGUGGCGAUCCUGCUGUAACCUUCUUUUACUUUCUUCAUAAAAAGUGGUUCUGUCUCCCUUACCUGAAAGAUUUCUUCCGAUUGUACCUUUGGGUUCCCUGAUUACUAGGACAUUACCUUACACCAAUCUCUU